AUGAGCAUGAAUGGCGUCCUCAUGACGGAACAGAGCAACACCUACCAUUACAGAGCCUACCUAGAAACCCUGCUGAAUUACAACCGAGAAGAAGGAACCACCAAACUAGCCCCCCAAGGAUGGGUCAAUCAGCUCAAUGUGGCAGAAGAAAUAGGAGCCACCGCCGCCAAUUCCGAUGUCCCUGUGGCUGCAGGUUGGAGUGGCAAUGCAGACUUGCGAACCCUGACCAGCAAGUUGCUGAGUGAACAUUGGCACACCUUUAUCGUGCGUCCUCAUUUGCCACCCCUCAAGACAGGCAAAUUGUUGGUUCCCAAUGUUCAGUUGGACUUUGAACUCUUCCUGAACCCCAAAACCAUCUACCUGAUGGGCAGCCCUAACAAAGGCACCUUGAACACCAAGAAAAUUCCAGCCAUCCACAAUGAUGACAUCAAAGUCACUUUGUUGAUGAGAAAAGUGACCCUGAAUGCUAGCGUCUAUGUCAGACUGCAGAAAGAAAGACAGCUGAAAAAACAGAUUGCCAGCUACCCUGUCGUACGAAGCGAAAUUCGCACGUUUUCCUUUGAUGGGCGUACCACCCAGUGGGAACAAGACAACAUAUUUGUGGGACGAUUUCCUGAUCGAGUGAUCGUCGGGUUAUUGCAUUCGGAUGCCUUCAAUGGAGACCUAGAAAGAUACCCUUUUGCCUUUCAAAAGUUUGGUGUCACCCAAGUACGACAGACCUUGAAUGGAGAAGAAUACCCUUACAGAACCCUGCAAUUGACUGGAGACCAAGCCUAUGAAGAUCUGCUGGGCUACGAUCGAUUUCUACAAGCCAUGGGUGUUUACAGUGAAGAUAAGAUUCCCAUGCUGCUGCCUGGUGAUUGGGGACAAGGCAAGAACUGCACGUUGUUCAUGUUCAACAAUGUGCCCAGUGGCAAAGCCGAUAACCCCCAGUAUCGCAACCCCCGUCAAUCGGGUAAUACGCGACUGGUGAUUGAUUUUGCUGCCGCGGUCGGUCAUAACGUCACCAUCUUGGUAUGGAGCGAGUAUGAAAACAUGUACUAUAUCAAUCAUCUGGGAGGUAUAAAAUACAACAUCAACGGAUGAGAUGGCCUCAGACAUCAGAAGACAUCGGUCAUGGAGUUUGUGGCGCUCAGCGAUACUGUGUUGCGGACCCUGGCCUUGGAGGAUCCCGAAUUACGACGCGUGUUUCAUGGGGUGCACCCAGCCGAUCAACUCCCUCGACACCCCGCCAUGAGUGUCCGUCAAGCCUACAUUGUCAACACGGAUCCAGCGGGAGAACCAGGACAGCAUUGGUUGGGUCUGUGGACAGAAAAGAACCAAUGCGAGAUCUUUGACAGUUAUGGUCUACCCCUGCACGUGUACACCAACCCAGAGUUGCACCAAUGGUGGGGUCAAUGGAAGUACCUGACGCGCAGUGACCAGACCCUGCAAGCCCUGGAUAGUCAAACCUGUGGCCAUUAUGCGUUAUUUUUCUUGAAAGCCCGGGCGCAAGGACGGUCGUAUCAAGAAUUUUUAAGUCAAUGGAGUUGCGACAAUUUAGUGUUAAAUGAUCAAAAAGUGGCCGAGCAGUUGAAACGGGUGAUCAAACGAGAAUUACAAGAUGAAGUGGAUGCCCGUCCACCUGAAGGAGGGCAAAAGAAUGUGAGCCGCCAGGCCUUUAUCACUUGUAAUCAUUGUGAGUGUUGAAAUAAAAAACCCCAUAAAACGAAAUGUGUGGUCCACGAGUGGUCAUUGUAGUUCAUCAUGAUUACACGAGCCGAUGUCCAGCGGGUGGUGGAUGCGUUCAUUCUGGAAGAAACCUUGUAUUGGUGGGAACACCCCAUCGAAAAGGUUAAUACGGUGCGUGGCAUCGAUGCCUGGGAUGGGUAUCAUUGGCUCAUGGCCCGACAAUUGGCCCAAGACCAAGAUUGGGUCUCCCUCAAGCAGUACAUGGACAGCAUGAGCGAAACGUAUUUAAGAGAGACGAUGGAAGGACUGAUCCAAUCCGAAUCGCCCCGCUUAUACCGCGAGUAUUGGACGACAUGCCCAGACGACGACGACGACAGCGCACCCGACGACCCCGCUUUCGUCAAAACGGACGAGGCAUCAUGAGCGUGUUGGCCAAAGCCUAUAAAAUCGGUGACCGAUUGGGACGGGACAAACGGUAUAAACGUAUGGGCGCUAAAGGGGCCACCGGUCAUUAUCGACGUCACCCUCGACCGUGGGAAUCAUGAUCCGACAACCCAGCAGUGUGAUCAUCGCAGGCCCGUCGGGCAGUGGCAAGACUGACUUGGUGGAACAAUGGUUACGGUACCUGAACGUGUUUCAAGUCAAACCCCGCAAGAUUGUGUAUGCUUAUGAUCGCUGGCAACCCCGAUUCGAGCGUAUGCAAAAAAAGGAUGGGAUUCAAUUUUAUCGCGGGUUACCGGACCCCCGUCAUUUGACGCAAUGGUUUGGUCGGACGCGAGGCGGGGUGUUGGUCUUGGACGACCUGAUGGAAGAAGGGGGACAAGACAAGCGCGUGUUGGAUUUGUUCACCAAAGAUUCGCAUCAUCGCAACAUUACGGUGCUGUAUUUGACGCAAGAUUUAUUCCCGCCGGGCAAAUUUUCCAAGACCAUCAAUCGCAACGCGCAUUACAUUGUGGCCUUCAAAAACCCCCGGGAUCAAACAGGGAUACGGACGAUUUUAUUACAAGCCUUUCCGGAUCGAUGGCGUCAAGUCUUGCGCCUAUUUAAACGCAUCACGGCCCGCCCCUUUGGCUAUUUGAUGUUGGAUGUACAUCCGGCGUCGGAUGAUCGCUAUCGCCUGUGGAGUCAUUUAACGCCUCGAGAAGGCAAAGCGCAAGUCCACACCUUGCGUGCGGAUGUCCCUGCCGUUCGACAACGAACUGCAACGAGAACUCGCCAGGGUCCGCCGGCAAAGAGAAGGCGGACAACAUACUGAAUUAGCCGCUCGCAUGGACACACACUCGCCCGCGGGGGUGGGUUCCCCCUCGGUUCUCCGGGAUCUCAGCAGCAUGACGGACAUGGUGACCGAAUUGUCUCGACCCGUGGAUCGAGCCCAAUUGGAGCAAGACAUUGACGAUUUCAAUUUGACCUACCCGGUCAAUGUCGACGAUGCCUUGAAUGCCUUCACGCUCCCGCCUGUGGCAGGCACCGGUACAGCACCACUUGCCACUUCUACUCCCAUCACCACCAUGGCACCACCACCGCCACCCACCAUCACCACCACCACGGCUGCCCCCACCCGUCCCACCACAUCCACCCGAACUCGUCCCACCACGACUACUACCACCACCAGUCGACCACGACCCGUCACGUCCACUCGAACACGCCCCGCCACGACCGCCACGACCACCACCGCCCCCUCCCGUCCCUCCACCAGCCGCCGCAGCGUCGGGGCAGGGACCAGGACUACCACCUCCACGGUGACGACCCCCGCCGGACGGCCCACUAUUGCCGCCAAACAACCGCGACGGCGCCCCCGGGUGCCCUCCCCACCGUCCCCUGGUUCGUCCCCUCCGUCUGAUGACGAGGAUGGCGAUGAUGAUGAUGAUGAACGACGGCGAGGAUUAAGGCGACGGUUGGAUUUGCUCAAUGAAGAUGCUCAAGAACGGGCACGAGGUCGACGGAUUCGUAACAUCACGCACACCAAUACGGUGACGACCGUGUAUGAAGAGGGGGGUCGUCCCUCGGUGCGCCGCACGUCCACCCGAACCUCCAGCCCAAGUCCACCCAGACCACCACGCCGAGGACGAGGCCGUGGCCGUGGCCGAGCACGGGGACGGGGUCGAGCCCGUGGACGAGGAGGCAGUUCUUCCUAAAAGGUAUAAAAACCAUGACUUUUCUUCCAUCGUCCCAAAAAAUGCAAUGGGCCCUCGACGCAAACGCCAACGCAGGACGACACGACGGCGACCCGCCAAACGACGACGGCGUGUGAGUCAAGUAGGGGGUGUCGCGGUCAGCAUGCCCCUAGGGAUUCUCAAAGCCGGCUAUGGGAUCACCAAAGCCAUCGGGGAUCAUCAAACCAAGCGGGCCAUCGCCAUUGGCGAAAAACGUCGACGGGAAGUGGCUUCAGGCAAACGGAAAAAAUACGCGGGGGAAUCGUUCAAUUGUUCCAUCAUGUGAAAAAAAAGAGUAUAAAAGGUUAGAGGCGCGUCCUCCAUUGGACAGAUCAUCAUGCACUGUGGUCCACGACGACGACGAAAACGACGCCGAAAACAACGAGGGGGUAUUCUCCCACUUCUCAUCCCCGCGGCGGUCGCUGCCGCUGUCCUCAUGAAGAAAAAGAAGAAAAAAAAGAAAGUGGGCAAGAUCAGUGCAGCGCAAAUGGCAGCCAAUAAAAGACGGGUCCAGCAGAUGUUUAAUCGAAUGCCGGGUUGGGGCGGCUUUGAAACGCUAAAAAGGCUAUAAAAGAAACGCUGGGUGGGACACAAGAUUCUCAUUGAGGAUGGUCCGUGGACCCAACGGUCGCCGACAUCGUUAUGUCCCUCGAAAACGACGCCGACGACGUGGCUUGCAACGCGGCGCAAAGUUACCGCUUUUGGCAAUGGCUCUCUCGCCUUUGUGGCUCAGGAAAUACAAACCCAGAAUCCGAAUUCGACGCCCAGACUAACCGACGACGCUCCAAACGCAAAGCCGUCACGUUUGCGUUGGAUUGGGACGACCAGUAUGAAGCCGCCUUGUGUGCACGGUGUCGAGAUCACAUGCAACGGCAUUAUCAUGGCGAAUUGUGUGGUCGGUGUGGCGCCAUUUUUACCAUAAAUAGACCUUGGUCCUUGCCUGAACUCAAGAUUCAUCAUGGGGUGGCGCAUGGAACGUCAAGCCCCGUUCUUGAAAAGUGUCUUACAAGAAGCCAAUCAACACAAACGACAAGAAUUGUUGCGGAUGGCCAAUGCGGAUCAGAUCAAUGCUGUCAGUGAAUUGGUGAUGAACACGCUCCGUGGCACGGUGCCCCGUUCCCGACAGACCAUUACGUUGCUCAAACCUCACGCUCAGAGUUUACGCGCCAUGGCCAAACCCGCUCAUUCCGUCAAACGACGACGCGCUAUCAUGAUGGCUCAAAAAGGGGGUGCCCUCUGGCCGGAACUCUACCGAUGUUAUAAACGUUGCAUGCGCUAGACCCGACCCCUCAGUUGCACCAUGGAACCCGAGAUGGUGAGCACCACGGUGAACAACGCCCCGGCUUUUUUACAAUUACGAGACCAGUACAAACAAGAAUUGGUGGAAGACACUCGCUUGACCAAAGCCGCCGAUUUAGCCGCCAAACAACAUGUGCUGUUGACCAGUGAUGCCCCCGAUGCUUGGAAACGGCCUCAACUCAAAGCCGUCAGCCGUCAAUUACGCCAUUGGACCAAAAAAGUGCGCCAACCGUUUGGAGCCCCAGCUGGGGGUGUGACUGCCGCAGGGGCUACGACGCCGGGUGAUGAUGAUUUUGAGGCGGGCCCCAUGCAAGCCUGGUUUACGCAAUUGGUCAAGGCCACUCAGGGUAUAAAACAAGGGUCGACGCCUGGUGGACCCAGAAAACCCCCUGUCCCGCCUAAACCAAGGUUCACGCCCAGUGCCAAAAAGAAACUCAAGUUCACGACCCCAUUGAGCAGUGAAGAAUUGGCGCACGAGUUGCCCUUUUCAGAGAAGAUUGGUGUAGAACCGUGGGAUACCCCUAAAGAACGUGUGGACACCAUCAAGAGAAAAGCCCUACGUGAUAUUCGCAAAAAAACCACGGACAGUGCCAAAAAGAAAGCUGCGGGUAUUGCCAAAAAGAAAGCCGCUGGUUGGGCCAAGAAAGCCUUGGAUUGGAAAUCGUGGAAAACCCCCUAA